AAGGGCACCCUGGUGCAGACCAAAGGUGUAGGUGCUUCUGGGUCGUUUCGUCUUAGCAAGAAACCUGGAGAAGUAAAAGAAAAAGCCCCCCAAAAGAGGGCAGCCGCAGCUAAGCCCAAGAAGCCGGUGGCCAAGAAGCCUGCCAGCGCUGCUAAGAAGCCUAAGAAGGCAGUGACAGUGAAGAAGAGCCCUAAGAAGGCCAAGAAGCCGGCAGCGGCCAAGAGAGCAGCCAAGAGCCCCAAGAAGGUGACAAAGGCUGCCAAGCCCAAAAAGGCAGUGGCAGCAGCGAAGAGCCCGGCCAAGGCAAAGGCAGUGAAACCCAAAGCAGCCAAGCCCAAGGCAGCAAAGCCCAAAGCAGCAAAAGCAAAGAAGGCUGCGCCCAAGAAGAAGUAA